ACUUUAAUCCUAGUGAACAGACCCUAUGCUUUAGCGGUCGAGUUUCGAUGUUAUGUCUCGCUAACUAGCUUGUGGAGAGACAGCGGCAUUUCUCAUCCACUUAAAGUGCGCAGAUGAGAGUAGACGAAACGUCAGUGUUAUGUAUAAGUAAAAUAAAAUAUUAAUUUGCUACAUGUGAAUAGGGGGAUCUAGCUGGCUUUGGAAUUGGAGUUAUCGGUAGGAUAAACCUGCACAUGAUGUGCAUUUCGUCUUACAGUUCGCUAGCUAGCUUAUUAGCCAGCUACAGCAUGUAACUCGACGUUUUCAUUGCUAGUUCACCAUGCUUAGGUGCGGCGAUUUUUAGUCAGAAAAGGACAAAUAAUUCUAAGGAAAUGUUUAAAGUGCUGAUCUGAUAGCGGGGUCCGCAGGAUUUAUUAAUAGACUGGUGAGUUGGUGGGUGGUACAUAGGUAAUCUCGGGAAGUAGGAAUUCAGCGCGUUUGGCUAAGCAGGCAGCUUCCCAUAGGGAACAAGAUGAUGAAAAAUUGGGGUGUCAUUGGCGGGAUAGCGGCAGCUAUGGCUGCUGGAGUCUAUGUCCUUUGGGGUCCAAUAGCGGAGAGGAAAAAGCGGAAGAAAGGUAUGGUGCCUGGGCUCCUGAAUCUCGGAAACACCUGCUUCAUGAACUCUCUGCUCCAGGGCUUGGCAGCCUGUCCCUCCUUCAUCAGGUGGCUGGAGGAAUUUACAGGCAGGAACAAUCUAGAUCAGAACCAGGUGGAGAGGGAGCCUCAGCUGUCCAGGACCCUCCUGCAGCUCCUAAAGGCACUUUCGAGUCAUGAGCCUGGGGAAGAUGAUGUUCUCGAUGCAGGCUGUCUUCUGGAAGUCCUCCAGCUCUACAGGUGGCAUAUCAGCUCCUUUGAGGAACAGGAUGCACAUGAGCUCUUUCAUGUCCUCACCUCCUCCCUGGAGGAGGAACGAGACCGACUGCCCAAAGUCACCCACCUUUUCGACAUGCAGUCCCUGGAGAGCGUCCCGGAGGCCAGUGACUGGAGCAUGAGUUGCAGAAGUCGUGGCCCCCUGCACCCACUACCAAAUCCCUGGAAAUUCCAGCAUCCUUUUCACGGCCGCCUGACGAGCAACAUGGCCUGCAAGCGCUGUGAGCAACAGAGUCCUGUGCAUUACGAUUCGUUCGACAGCCUCUCUCUAUCCAUCCCCCCUGCACCACUGGGUCGACCUGUUACUCUGGACCACUGCCUCCAGCAUUUUAUCUCCUCAGAGACUAUCAAGGAAGUGAAAUGUGAGAACUGCACCAAGAUGCAGGCGGGCGGUUCGGCAGGGGGGCGUGCUGUGGAAAGCCAGAGGACGGCAUUCAUCAAGCAGCUCAAACUGGGCAAGCUGCCCCAGUGCCUGUGCAUACAUCUGCAGAGACUCACCUGGUCCAGCGAGGGCACACCCAUCAAGAAACAGGAGCAUGUCCAGUUCACUGAGUACCUGUCCAUGGACUGCUAUAAACACAGAUCCACGGGUCAGAGGUCACUGUGGCCGCUGCGGACCCCACGGGGCGUCCCAGCCGACAGCCAGGCCGAGGGUCUGGAGAAGAAGCCGUCAAAUGGAAUAGGUGCUGAGCACUGCAACAAUAACAAGCCCCUCUCAAAUGGAACCUGCUCUUCCGUCUAUCUCCAUUCCCCUGUCCUCAGUCCACAGUUCGCACUGAUCUACGACUACACCUCCUCUGUGUACCUCUUCCGGCUGAUGGCCGUGCUGGUUCACCAUGGGGACAUGCACUCAGGACAUUUUGUGACGUACCGCCGCAGCCCUCCCUCUCCCCGUGGCUCCUCCCCCUUUAGCGCCCACUGGCUCUGGGUGUCGGACGACUCCGUGCGCAAGGCCUCCUUGCAGGAGGUGCUGGCCUCCAAUGCCUACCUGCUUUUCUACGAGCGGGUGCAGCGCCCCGGACCAAGGCCAAAGGAGGAGGGAGGGGCCAGCUAGACCCAGAGAGCCUCCCGGUUCCACGUGUGUCACCCACCACCCUCCCACCUAGACUGGUCACUGUAAUCCUCUAGUCAUUUUGGGGUCCCAUUUGUACUUGUGCUCUCUUGAACUUGCCGUUCAAGACAGCAGGCCUCAAAGUGAGGCACGGACACCGUCCACAUACAAGGGCAGUGAUCGACUUUGACUCUUUCAGUGAGUCUCCUAGCGCCUUUCCAUCAGAUGCUUGCCUUCUGUACUUCACGUUGUCUAUAGGAGUUGUAUUUCUAACAUAUUCUGAGGUACAGGGGAAACGUAGACGAUUGAUGCAGGAAUGCAUACAUGGCACUUGGUGGCCUCAACACACGAACAGCUACUCGUGUAAUUGCUCCCCAGGAACGAACAGUUAAGCCACAAAACAUGGAAGCAUACUGUAAAAGGGACAGCAAAUUUAAAUCCCAUUUUCAUCUGCUGAAGAAAUCGGCGGAACAAGCCUCUCACCUAACUCGAAGUUUACGUCUCAGAUGGUCACCCACGUUCUAACAUCCCAGAGACUGGCUGUCGGUUGAAGAUGGGCGAGUCUGCGGUUUUAAUUCACUGAAUGUGCAUCAAAACAAGCAUCAAAACAAAAUACAAGAAUGUUUGUUGAAAAUAUUAUAGAGGUACCUAUGUCGAUUCUUAUGAUUCACAAGCUUUAAAAUCCACGUGACCUGUAGCACUUUAGUAUGUGAUUUACAAGAAUAAUUAAGCUUGACUAGACAUGUUCUACAAAAUGUGUUAUUUGUACUAAAUUAAGACUUUUAAAGGUCUGCAAAAUGAUACGUCAAUCGCAUUUGGGUUAUUCAGUAGGCUAAUUAUACACAUCACAACGUCACAGGAGAUGUCUCAAAAUGUCAGCGAUACUAUAUGUGUUCAGUUUGCACUGAUUCCCUAUGUUUGCUGCUAUGUAUGUGGUUUGAUCCUUUGAAACGUACAGUUUGGGUCUCCUUUCAUUUUGCAUUGUACAAGUUAACCGCAUUUCUCGUACUUCCUUUCCUGCUAAAGAUGAAAUGUUGAAGUCUUUAUAGUUUUAAUUGUGCAGAACAAUCAGACAUUCUGUAACCUAACCCCCCCGUAAGGCAGCAUGUCCGCCCAGGUGGAACGUUCAUGAGAACGGUGCUGUGUGAGUGUGCACUAAAGUGAAAGCAUCACAUUUUAACCUGUUUAAAAUUGCCAAAAAAAAGGUCCAGUUUCUACAGUGAAAUCCAGAUGAAACAUCCUUGCUGUAGCCUUUUGCUUGUUCUUGCAAGUCUGGUAUGUCGUGGUGAAAAUACUGCCUGUCACUCGAACCUCGCCAGUAUUACGUGAGAUAGGAGGGCUUCCUCGUCGUGUUUCAUAACCCAUUUGCACUAUACUUGUUCAAUAAACUGCCACGAUUCCAGGUCUGUUCUGUUUUCAUAGUUCAUUGAUGAGAAAUUAAUAAAAACUGUGAAAGAGGA